AUUCCAACCACGUCCUCUAUAUGAGAGGAGUAAUUCACUGACAAUUUCUGCAGCAGGAAAUUCUUAGUCACAAAAACUAAUAAAGGAUACAUGUCCAAAUAAAAAGACAUGAUGCAUUAAUUCAUUUUACAGGUACACACCGAUGCCACACUUAUAGACACAGUAUCAAAAACAUACGAAUCUCCAUGUUAGUUUACAUCAGGUGAAAUAAUAAUCACAUGUAGAAUAUGAACAACCACACGAUGCAAAUUACCGCAAUUUAUAUUAGGCAUAAUGAUGAUGAGUUAAGGAAUACGAGCUACACAUUACUUCAAAUCUAUUCCAUCGUUUGAGAUAAGCCAUCUUUUCUAUUACCAUACUAUACAAAUUUAAUGUCUCGCCAACAAAAGCAGAUGUUACACUCGUGCCACGGGGGGCAUCAUUGGCGUGAUGAAAAACUAUGAAGCGCUUCCAUACUUCUUUGCCCCUAUGUUAACUGCAUUCAAGUAAGCUCCAGCAUGCCCAUUAUAAUCUUAAUAAUGAGCCCUCGCACGCCAUGCUGAUAUCGCUGAUAUAAAAAACUCGUUUCGAUGGGUUACACAUUUCAAUUUCAACAUUAGAAAAUCACGAUAGUCAGCCAACAUAACAAGACCAUUAAAAAGGGCCAUUUCAACCCCAAAGUUUUUAAUCGUUGAAAGUAUCAAGAAGAAGUUUUAAUCGUCUCCACCUACUCGGCGGGAGGGUCUGGUUUGUGCUGUUCAGGUAAAAGCUACGUGACACCUGUGUAUGGCGGUUGUUCACGGAAAACAAUUGGCUUUUAUACUCAAAUAUCUCAUUAAUCGUUCAUGACGGUUUUGUCCGACACUGUGCUUACAUGCGUUACAGCACCGCCAUGGAGAAAGUAGCAUUCUGCUUCGGGAUCUUUCUCUCGAUAUUCGCCAUUUCUUCUGUACGGAGCGAGGUUUAUUCAUCGAUUAUCCAUCUUGAGAGAUCUCUCCUUGCGGAGAAGGAGCUGGCGAGAGAUAUAAGGAACUAUGUCCAGAAUCAAAAGACAAUGCUGGAUGCGCUCUCUAGAGUCGCUGAUGAAUAUGAAAAGCACAGUGAGGAGGCCCUGGCAAAUAGCGAGAAGUUUAUGGGGAACCCUGUGAACGCUUACCUCUUCAUGAAACGCUUCACGGUAGACUGGGACGGUUUAAGGGCGUCCCUUGAAAAUGAAAACAGCGAAGUGAAAACUCUGAUGUCCAAAUUCGAGCAAGUGAGAGAAGAGGGUCGGCUCCCAAAGGUGUCCGACCUCGAAGGCGCCGCAGCUGCCCUCCUGAGGCUACAGGACACGUACCAACUCAACACAUCAGAUAUUGCAGACGGGGUUCUGCAUGGCGUGAAAAGGUCUCCUGGACUCACAGCAACGGAUUGUUUCAAUUUGGGCAAGUACGCGUACGACGAGGGCGACAAUUACCACUGCCUGCUCUGGAUGCAGGAGGCUCUCCGACGUCUGGAGAAAGAAAACAACUCAUCCGUGUCUCGUUACCUCAUAUUGGAUUAUUUAGCUUUCGCAACAUAUAAUCAAGGCAAUGUCCAACAUGCUUUUAAUAUCACCAAGGAAAUGCUAGAGAUCGACCCAAAUGACGAGAAAGUAAAGAACAACCACCAGUUCCUAAUAAGAAAACUGGCCGAAGACGAGGACGGCGAAAAGGCGAAGGGCAUUGACAAUAAGAGACCGAUAAGGGGAUAUCGCGACGAGGAGUACGAUGCGUACGAGAAGCUAUGCAGAGGAGAGGAAACGAAACCACGAUCAAAAAGCGCCAGAAAGUUGACAUGUAGAUACGAGGACAACAAGAAUGCCAAUCUUCUCCUCAGACCCAUCAAACUGGAGGUCUUAAAUCUGAAACCCUUGAUUGUCAAAUGGCAUGACAUCAUGACGGAGUUUGAGACUGAGAGAGUGAAGGAAAUCGCAACGCCAAGGCUUAACAGAGCGACAGUUCACAACCCAGUGACGGGGGAACACGAGUAUGUCGAGUACAGGGUCAGCAAAAGCGUUUUCCUUGAUGGCUCACUCGACCCCGUCUUGGCGCGUAUUGAUAGGCGUAUUGCGGACGUCAGUGGUCUAGAUAUGACGCUUGCUGAAGCGCUUCAGGUCAAUAACUACGGCAUGGGAGGGCAGUAUGAACCACAUUACGAUUUCGGCAGGAAAAGCGAACCAGAUAUCUUCGGGGAGAUGGGGAAUAGAAUAGCCACCGUGUUGAUUUACAUGUCAGAUGUCGAAGCAGGAGGAGCGACGGUAUUCACAAGACUUGGGGUUCAAGUGUUACCAGAAAAGGCUUCCGCUGUGUUCUGGUACAAUCUCAGACAGAGCGGUAUUGGAGAUUACCGCACGAGGCACGCGGCAUGCCCUGUGUUAUCGGGAUCAAAAUGGGUGUGCAACAAGUGGAUUCACUCCGCAGGUCAGGAAUUUCGAAGAAAGUGCGCAACAAACCCUAAGCUUUGA